GUUUACAGUCAGCCCUCCUCUGACAGUUGGGGCUGGUCUCAUCACAACAUCAUCAGGGCGUUACAGGCAACGCUCAGAAACAGUAGCGGUCCUCCUUAAGUUGGAAUUGGUCCUCCCCGAAUGGGACAGCAGUUCCUUUCAAAUACAGACGACAUGAAAUGUUGAUGUGGUGAAAAUGAACAAACCCAAAAUGGCCACAGAGAAAGGUGUUCCCAGUAACUCCCGGGUGCUGAUGCUCCUGGGUCAACUGGAGAGGAUGAAUGGAGAGGCCAUGGGGAGGGAUGUAGAAACGGCCAGACAGGUCACUGCAAAGAUACUUCAUCUCAUACAGACACAAGAGAAGAGUGGAAAAGAGGUGAUGUCCAAAGGCUCCACUGGAAUGGAAGUCAUCCUAGCUUCAUUGGAGAGCUCCCGUGAUGUUCAGACAACUCUGAACAUUUUGUACAUUCUUACUGAGCUGCUGACUGUGGGAAGAGGUCGUAGGGUGGGAGUGUUUGUGUCUAAAGGAGGAACGGGAAUAUUAUUCCAGAUUUUAAUCUCUGCAAGUAAGGAAUUGCCUCCCAGUGAGGAGCUCAUGCUGCAGCUUCACUCACUUCUGGCCAAAGUUGGACCUAAAGACAGAAAGUUUGGCGUGAAGGCUCGUUUAAGCGGCGCACUGAAUGUCACAGUCAACCUUUUGAAACAAAACCUUCAGAAUACAAAACUGCUGCUGCCCUGCCUGCAGGUUCUCCGUGUUUACUCUUCCAACUCGGUGAAUGCUAUUUCUUUGGGCAAGAAUGGAGUGGUUGAACUCAUGUUCAAGAUCGUCGCGCCAUACAGCAAAAAGAACACCAGCCUGCUCAAGGUAGCUCUGGACGCACUGGGAGCACUGCUCAAAUCCAAGACCAAUGCUCGGCGUGCAGUGGAUGGCGGACAUGUGCCUGUCUUACUCGCUCUUUACCUGGACUGGCAUCGCAAUGACACAAGACAUCGGCACAUGUUGAUACGUAAAGGGCUGCUCGUCUGCCUCAGGAACAUCACCAACAUCAAGCUGGGCAGGAAAGCCUUCAUCGAUGCUGAUGGCAUGAGGGUCCUCUACAACUCAUCCACUGAGUGUCUCCCAGUGCGGACUCUGGAUCCUCUGAUCAACACUUCAAGUCUCAUCAUGAGAAAGUGCUUUCCUAAGAACCGUCUGCCUCUGCCCACCAUCAAAUCAGCCUUCCACUACCAGCUGCCACAUGUACCCGCUGCAGGGCCUGUAGCACAGCUGUACAGCCAGCCACCUGGGGUGGAUGAUGUGGUGGACGAAAGCGACGAUAAUGAGGAGACAGACGGAGACACGGAGAACGAUACUGAGAAUGAUGAAGACGAGAAGGAUCAACGCACUUUGAAUGACGACAUAGAGACAGAUCUUAACAAGCUACAUCCCAAAAAGAGCCCUGGACGUCCUUUUGAGGAGUUAAGAGUUUAUGAAAGGUUCUUCGUGGAGCUCUCAGAAGACUUCCAGGGUUUUAACUUUGACUGUUCAAAGAGUGCCUCUACUACAUCUUCAUCAUCAUCCUUCUCCUCAUCUUCAGCCUCCUCUCUACCCUCUCGGCCAAUCAUCGUACCUACAGCUCAGGCCCUGUCACCAAAACGUGACCCCGUAUCAGCCCUUCAGGGGAGCUGCAAUCCUACCAAAGGAACACCGACACUUCCAUCUCCUGCUGUGCCAGCUCCUACUCUUCCUGCUCCCCUAAAACCCUUAGAAUUGGACACUAUUCACCUCAAUAAGGACCAAGACAAACAAGAGAAGGCCAACAUUCCCUCCCCAGACACACAUUCAACACUGUCCCCCCUCAUGCGGCCUCCUCAAGGGCAGGUCAUAGCACAGGAACUAGUAAGCGUGUUGGAGAGCGUGUCUCUAGAUGAAGAGGUGUUUCUGAGUGCAGACGAUGGAGGGAGAAAGGAAAUCAAACAGGAGGGUUCCCCAGUCAGCGCCACCAGACACAUUCAGUCUCCCCUGCUCCUUGGGGGCAUCCCAACUCUGCGUGUGGGAGGUGGGGGCAGCAACUGGGGGUCAGACUGUGGCUCAGAGGGUGCUGAGGAUGAGGGAGCAGAAGGAGCUGUUCUGGAGGUUCCAGACACGGCGCUGCUCCUCCCGCUGCAUGACCCCGACAUUUACGUGGAGAAGGUGAAAGGGACGCUCUCCGUACCCCGGUACGCUGAAGUGGCUUACCCAGACUAUUUUGGCCAUGUGGCUCCAACUUUUAGGGAACCUCUUCUGGAGAGAGUUUAUGGCGUUCAGAGGUCUAAGAUUUUCCAGGACAUCGAAAGGUUGAUUCAUCCUAAUGAUAUCCUGGACAAAGUAGUUUAUGACCUGGACAUUCCAAGUUGUCCUUUGUUAGAAGACAAUGGUGAAUCCCUGAAGUUCAACUCUCAGUUUGAGUCUGGAAACCUCAGGAAGGCAAUUCAAGUCAGAAAAUACGAGUAUGACCUUGUGCUGAAUUCAGACAUCAACAGUAACCAUUACCACCAGUGGUUCUACUUUGAAGUGAGCGGUAUGCGGGUGGGAACUAUGUACCGCUUCAACAUUAUCAACUGUGAGAAGUCCAACAGCCAGUUCAACUAUGGCAUGCAGGUGCUGAUGUAUUCUGUACAAGAGGCGAUCAGUGGAAGGCCUCGCUGGGUCAGAACAGGAACAGACAUCUGUUACUACAAGAAUCAUUUUGCGAGGAGUUCCAUUGCAGCUGGUGGUCAGAAAGGGAAAUCCUACUAUACAAUGACCUUCAGCAUGAGCUUCAGCCAUAAGGAUGAUGUCUGCUACUUUGCCUAUCAUUUCCCAUAUACAUACUCCACUCUCAAGAUGCACCUGUCCAAACUGGAGGCUUUGAGGACUCCUCAGAUCUACAUGAGAAAGGACGUCCUGUGUGAAACGCUGGGGGGAAACAGCUGCCCCCUUCUAACCAUCACUGCCAUGCCGGAGUCUAACUCCAAUGAUCACAUCUGUCAGUUCAGGAAUCGUCCAUUGAUCUUCUUGUCGGCUAGAGUGCACCCUGGAGAGACCAAUGCAAGCUGGGUAAUGAAGGGCACGCUGGAGUUCCUGAUGGGCACCAGCCCGCUUGCAGCCAGCCUGAGAGAUGCCUACAUCUUCAAGAUAGUCCCUAUGCUCAACCCUGAUGGAGUUAUAAAUGGAAAUCAUCGUUGUUCUCUGAGUGGAGAAGAUUUGAAUCGGCAGUGGCAGAACCCCAAUCCUGAGCUCCACCCCACCAUCUACCACACUAAGAGCCUGCUGCAGUACCUUGCACACAUACAAAGGGCACCACUGGUGUUUUGUGACUACCACGGCCACUCCAGAAAAAAGAAUGUGUUCAUGUAUGGCUGCAGCGUAAAGGAGACAGUCUGGCAGUCCAAUAUCAGUGCCACGUCUAGCGACUUACAGGAAGACCUUGGAUACAGGGCACUGCCUAAAAUCCUGUCCCAGAUCGCCCCGGCCUUCAGCAUGGCCAGCUGCAGUUUUGUUGUGGAGCGCUCCAAAGAGUCGACCGCCCGCGUUGUUGUAUGGAGAGAGAUAGGAGUGCAGCGCAGCUACACCAUGGAGAGCACGCUGUGUGGUUGUGACCAGGGGAAAUACAAGGGUCUCCAGAUUGGUACCAGAGAGCUGGAGGAGAUGGGAGCCCAAUUCUGCGUUGCUCUGCUGAGGCUGAAGAGGCUGACGGGGCUUCGCAACCACCAACAUCUGCUGGAUUUAGAGAGUGAUAUCAUCGGAACACAGUCUAAAGUGGUCAGCAGCAGCUCCACGACUUACGUGAUGGAGGAGGAUGAACCGUCCUUUCUGGAGGCAAUAGACUACAGCGCGGAGAGCAACGACGAGGACGCCGAGCCUGAAAACGAACACGGCACCGAAGUCCACGAGAAUCCUGAUCACCUGUCAGACUCUGACACCAAUCACAGGGACUAAUGCUGAGCUGUUAAUCACAUCUGUAAAAAAUUAUCUGAGCUUAUACACAACCAGUUCUCAAAUUAGCUGAGCUUAUAAAGGUAAAUAGUCAACCCCACACUUCUCACUCUGACAGGUGAAAAACUAGCUUAAACCUUGUUGUAUAGACACUUUAUGAUGGUAUGUAGGCUGGUGCUCUUUUCCCAGACAUAUUUCUCCUAAAGAUGCAACUCCACUGGCCUUCUUCUGUAGACCGGCUGAAAAAAGUGCUCAAUAGAAAUCAAGAUGGAUUACAAUGAAUGUUAACACCUUUCACCUUUAUGCAGUAACCUUCAUGAGCUGUAACAGACACCAUAUAGCCUCUGAGAUUCACAUUUAGCUAGCCAGAGCAGCAAACAGCAGGCACCACUGAUCCUUAACUUGAAUCCUUGUCCACUUGUUAAUUUUUCACUUUAGCCGUGAUAGUGUUACCGGUUGGGGGGGGGGGGCUUCUUUGGUAGGGUCUUGAAACCUUUGUCGCCUGUGAGCCUGUGUGUUAGUGGACACACUCCAGGUGAUGGAGGGAGACUUGAUCACCUCCACUGACCAGUUUAGAGGUGAAACCAACAUGCCUUCUUAGACCCUGUUUACACCUUACGCUAACAUCCAUUCUUGGUGAUCUCAUAACAAAUGGUGAGCCUUAAUGCUAAGUAUGCAGGUACCCCGAUGCACCCUGGGUAUGGAUAGAGUCUCCUUAGCUGGCACGAUAUGGUAGUUCGCCAUCAACUCACUGGGAACUGGGUAAACAAUGCUCCCUCUCACCAGGUGAAAAAAACACACAUUCAGGCUUUUUAACUGGAAAUAAUGAACAACUUUUACUUGUAUAAGAAUUCACUAGAGACACAGUCAGUACAUUUAUAUUCAUAGUAAAGUUGAGCCGAGUCGAGAAAACUUCUUUUGCAACCCCAUGUUUGAAUCAGCAUGUAGGAGUGCUAAAUUAAAUUGUUUGAAUAUAUUAGAAAAGUACAGGCUACUGAUAUCUGUCCAUGUUACAUUAUUUGCCAGUGGCUGAUGUUUGUCAAAUAACAUCAAUUUGCUUAAUUUACUUGCUUUUAAUCAUACCAUCCAAACACACGUGUACUCUACUCUCUCAAACAACUAAACGAUACGGUACGACACUAUACGAUAUGAUGCGAUAUCUAUCACAAUAGAGGCCCAGAUAUGAUCCGAUAUGAUCCAGUACAAUACGAUAUGUACACAUUGAUUUGGAACUAUAAGCAUGUCAUAAUAAACAUGAAAACUAAACUUUUAAACACUUAAAUUGAGAUCCUCAGCUUCAAGUAGGCCCACCUAUAGCACCUUUUGGGCCCUUUGGGUAGCAUUAAUGAACUGACAAGUGAGGAUUAAACAUUAUUACUGUCACUCCUUAAUCAGCUCUCUGAAGCCUUCAUUGCUAGUGCCGCUGUUUGGCUGCUAAUUAGCCUAAUGUGUGUAGAUGAAGAUUACUGUUGCUGUAGUGUUUUACCUUGUUUAUCACACAUCUGGCAUGAAUCAUGUCCAACUCCUGACUUUCUGUGUGAAGAAACCCGAAUUAUCCAGUAUAUUUGCUUUUAGUCUUGCUGGCAGUGGAUAGACACAAUGAUUUAUAAUACUGCUGUAAGUACCAUUUAUAAUCAUACAGAUUCUGUAACAUCUGUAUCGAUACACAUAUCGGCAAGGAGCGUGCAACAAUAUGUUGUAUCAAUUUUUAGAGCCUACCUCCUACAUCUUUUCUUUUCAUGUACGUGAUCAUAUGUCAGUAUUUUUAUGCCAUACAUAUGCAUGAUACUAUUUGCAUUUUUAAACUCAAUGUUCAGUAAUUAGGCUUCGGUAGAUCAAUGCGUUGAAGAUUUUUGUUGGCGCCUAUCACAAACAAAGUUAAUAGAGUGGAGUAAAACAUUGACUGCAUGAACUGCAGAAAACUGUUCCAGUGACAGAAGAGGUUCACAUUUAACAUAAGCUGUAUCCACUCUCUGGUACAUUAAUUGGUCAUUAAGUGCUUGUCUUUCUCUCUUCCUCUUUUCCUUUCUUCAAAUAAGAAUCCUCAGUGUUAUUCAUUGUUGGUGUCAUGCAGCGCCCAAUCAAAAAUGUCAGGAAGUUUGAGUAUAUUACAAACUUUGCUUAUCCUGUGCCAGUGCCUCAGUGACACCAGGGGGUAACUAACAAAUUAUCAGAGGUCCCCAGGUACUGCUUAUCUUUUUUGAAUAGGAAAGUAGUCUGUAGAAAUUUCACCUCUCACACAAGUUCACAUGGAUUUAAAAGCCCAGUUUCAGUCAGACUAACUCAGUUACCUUUUUCUAACUGCAAGUAAACAUACUGUUGGAGCAAAGUGUAAGCAUGCAUACUUAAGGGGAGUCUACUUGUAUCAGAUCACCCAGAACAGAUGUUAAUGCGAGGUGUAAACAAGGCCUUCUUCUCUUUUCCUUUAUCUCUUCAGUCAAAAUAGGCGCUUUAACUUUUUACUCUUUGGGUCUUUCUUGUGUCCUUUCUUGGUUGCUUUCUUCUCUCUUCCUUCUCUUCCUUUUUAUCUGACAUGCAAAGGUUUCUGAAUGGCACACAUUUAGUGAGCAGCUGUUUUCAUGCAUGCACACCUGAAAAAUUCUUGACAUGACGUAAAAGAAAAAAGUAGAAAUGUCUCAACAGCAGAGUCUGGCUCUGUUAUAUCAGUUUUUGUGUUUUCAUCAUUGCUAUUUGUAUUUUGGCAAAUUAAAGGGCAAUCAAAUGGACAAAAAACGAUGAUAUUGGCAAACUGAUAAUACAGCAGCACAGUUUAAUUACACACCCAGAGAUUAAAGUUGUGUACCACUUACUUUUGGUGUAUCUCCUGCUGUUUUUGUCACAUCAGCUCAACCCAAAUUCCUGGACACAAUUUACUUAAAAGAUGUCAGGAAUAAUUCCAGAUGAAGUCAGAGAGAAAAAUUAAAGUUUUGGCCAUGAGACAUGCAGCUUAUUCUGGAAAUUUCUGGAAAUUUUCAAGAGUUUUGUGAAGGAUGAAAGCACCAACUGGCAUCCCAAGUGCUUCAUGUAAAACCUGCUCAGAUGUAUCCACGCUUGAGUUGUUACCUCUCUUUCUCUCCUCUUUUUCAGUCACCGUGCACAAGGUCUAACCAUCCUCCACGUGCUGUUUUGCCUUGCUUAAUCCAAAAGUAUAUAACGCAGAUGUAGAAUGUUCACGUCUUCAUGGAGACACUCUGUAAAAUACAUGAAUCAAAGUUAUAACCACACACCACUAACUAACAAGAACAGGUUUGGUUUGAGCUUGUUUGCGAUGUAAAAACAGGAAUGUAAAAUAUCCACAUGCACUCUUAGUGUCUGGUGGUUUUUAAUAACAGGCAGUAUUAUAAUGUCAGAUAGGGACAAAACGCAUGGGCUGUAAGGAGCAGAGACAACGUUUUGCACUUUGGAUACACACUAACAAAAACAUACUGAAUGGGAGUAAAACGUCACUUUACAACACGUCACACUUUGCAAACCUCAGUCACCUCAGUAGUUUAAGGACUCCAGUCUAAAGCUUCACGUUUUAAAGAAAUAUACUGGAAUUUAGUAUCCUUUUUAUCACUUCAAGUUUGUGUGUACAUUUUGUGGGUUUCCUUUGGAGAGACUGUUGCAUAAAAGCAGAUGGUGCUUUGUAUUAAGAGUAUAGAGCUAGAUUAUUUCUUUGUUUAUGGGUAUGAGUUUAUUCUGUCGUGUUUGUACAGCUAGCGCAUGGCUAUUUUCUGUUUUUAUUUUUUAAUUUAUUAAAUUUUGUGAAAGGGAUGCAUCCUGUAUGUAUAUGAGGCAGAUUGAGUGUAAAUGUGUGCAGGAGUCUGGGCUAUUCCAUCAGUCAGCAGGCUUUUAUACUCUUAAUGUUUCUCUUUUAAGUUUAGCUCUCAUCCCCUUGUUUUCUGUAUUUUUUCUUGUCUUUGCUUCCUUUCAUAUAUCACUUACAGACUUGCUAAAAAGCCUACAAAGUCCUUGCUCUGAGUGCAUGUAUGUGUGCAAUACGGAUACACAUAGUUGGAUGUAUGUUAAUUAAUGUCAACUUUCUUUGAGAUUUGUGUGUGCUCUUAUCUCUUUUUUUGUCUUUAGAAGCUGAUGUCAACAAGAUGUUACUUUUCUUUUAUUUUGAGGUAAACAAAGCAGAGGUAGUGACUGAUUUUAGGUGAUUGUAACAAAGACAGAAGCAAAGAGUGAACAUGGGAAAUAAAAUGUGA